AUGACUAUACAAGAAACAAAGAAAAGAAAGCUUGAUCAAAAUGUCUUAACCUGUGAAUAUAUUCUACCUAGAAAGAAUAGAAGGUGCAAAAUGUUACGUAAAAAAGAUGCAAAGUACUGUUCAGAACACUUGAUUCACGAUGAAAACUUCAAUGGAGAAAGAAUUGCAUGUCCCUUUAGUUCUAGUCACACAGUGUGGAAAAAGGAUUUGAAACAGCAUAUGAAAAAAUGUAACGAUAGACCAAAGGAAAAUACUAACUCAUGUUAUGAACUUGACUUCAAUAAGCUGCUAAACAACGCAGAGAACUUUGAAUUGGCUAAUGAGGAGAAAGAGGAGAAUACUGAGUUGAUGGAAAAGUACAUUCAUGUUUUGCAAAAAAUAGAGUUUGAACCACUAGAGUUUAGGAUACUUCAUCAUGAAGGAUUGGAAACAAGAUUGCAAGAAAAAACCAACCAGAAACACCCCAUACAACAAAACUCUAUAAUCGCCAACAUGGAUCUGAUGGGUUUACUCAGUAACUCAUUUCUUUAUUUGGAAUUUGGUGCUGGUAAAGGUGAAUUGCUGAGAUAUUUGAAUCAAUGUAUAUUACAACAAAAAACAGAAUGUUCAUGCACUUACGGUUUUGGAUUAAUUGAUAGAGGUAAAAACAGAUUAAAAGCCGACAGCAAGAUCAUUUCUGAUUCUGAAACCUUACAAACUAAGCCACAAAUAAAAAGAAGCAAGAUAGAUAUUAAAGACUUGAAUUUGGAUAAAUUUCUAGUUGAUCUAAAAAUUGAUAAAGUUGUUGCUAUUUCCAAGCAUUUAUGCGGAGCAGCAACUGAUCUCACGUUGAAACUGAUUUUAAAUUCGACACUAUUGCUGAAUGAUCAAUUUGGAGGUGCCUUGAUUGCAAUGUGUUGUCGCCAUGUCUGUUCCUUAGAACAAUUAUUACCACAAUCAAGGAAAUAUUUGCACGACCACGGGUUCACAACCGUACAAUCAUUCAAUGUAUUGAAAAAGUUAGUGUCAUGGGCAGUGGACAAAAAGGACGCACAAGAAAAUGGUAUACUUGGUCUUAAUACACAUCAAAGAGAAGAAAUUGGGUUGAAAGCUAGAAGAUUAAUAGAUGAAUCUCGAGUUCAUGCUUUAAAAUCUAUUUUGAAUGAUAAAUACAAAGUGGAGAUAUUUUGGUAUGUUCAAAAAGAUGUGACUCUAGAAAAUGUCUGCUUAUCAAUUUCUAGAAGGACUAAGUAA